GGGAGCCUAUCGCGUGGGGCUUUGUUGGGACGCGCGGCGGACCCUCUUGGGCUGUCUGCUUCUCCUAGCAAAGGGGCGGUUGACCGUCCUCCAUUGUUCGUGGUUAAGGGCGCCAUGAGGGGUGACAGAGGCCGUGGUCGUGGUGGGCGCUUUGGCUCCAGAGGAGGCCCUGGAGGAGGGUUCAGGCCUUUUGUGCCCCACAUCCCAUUUGAUUUCUAUUUGUGUGAAAUGGCUUUUCCCCGGGUCAAGCCAGCACCUGAUGAGACAUCUUUCAGUGAAGCCUUACUGAAGAGAAAUCAGGACCUUGCUCCCAAUUCUGCUGAGCAGGCUUCUAUACUUUCUCUGGUGACAAAAAUAAACAAUGUGAUUGACAACUUGAUUGUGGCUCCAGGAACAUUUGAAGUGCAAAUUGAAGAAGUCCGACAGGUAGGAUCAUACAAAAAGGGGACAAUGACUACAGGACACAAUGUGGCUGACUUGGUGGUAAUAUUAAAGAUUCUGCCAACAUUGGAAGCUGUUGCUGCCCUGGGGAACAAAGUCGUGGAAAGCCUGAGAGCACAGGAUCCUACUGAAGUUUUGACCAUGCUGACCAAUGAAACUGGCUUUGAAAUCAGUUCUUCUGAUGCUACUGUGAAAAUUCUCAUUACAACAGUGCCACCCAAUCUCCGAAAACUGGAUCCAGAACUCCACCUGGAUAUCAAAGUGUUGCAGAGUGCCUUAGCAGCUAUCCGACAUGCCCGCUGGUUUGAGGAAAAUGCUUCUCAGUCCACAGUUAAAGUUCUCAUCAGAUUGCUAAAGGACUUGAGGAUUCGUUUUCCUGGCUUUGAGCCCCUCACACCCUGGAUUCUUGAUCUGCUUGGGCACUAUGCUGUGAUGAACAAUCCCACGAGGCAGCCUUUGGCCCUCAAUGUGGCAUACAGGCGUUGCUUGCAGAUUCUGGCUGCAGGACUGUUUCUGCCAGGUUCAGUGGGUAUCACUGACCCCUGUGAGAGUGGCAACUUCAGGGUACACACAGUCAUGACCCUGGAACAGCAGGAUAUGGUCUGCUACACAGCACAGACUCUUGUUCGAAUUCUCUCACAUGGUGGCUUUAGAAAGAUCCUUGGCCAGGAGGGUGAUGCCAGCUAUCUUGCUUCUGAAAUAUCUACCUGGGAUGGAGUGAUAGUGACACCUUCAGAGAGGGCUUAUGAGAAGCCACCUGAGAAGAAGGAAGGAGAGGAAGAGGAGGAGAAUACAGAGGAACCACCUCAAGGGGAGGAAGAAGAAAGCAUGGAGACUCAGGAGUGACCUUCCCUCUUCCUGCCCAAGGGGAAGAUGAGCCUAAGCCAUGGGCUUUUUAAAUGGUGGCAUUUCUGUGGCAUGGGGGGGGCGAUAGCAGAAAGGAAAUGUAAUGAAAAGUAUCAUUCCACUGUUUGGUUUUUUUUUUGAGACAGGGUCUAACUACAUAUCUUUUGCUGGCCUGGAACUUGCUGACUUGCUGUGUAGACCAGGCUGGCCUUGAACUCAGAGAUAUACCCGACUCUGCCUUCUGUGUGCUGGGAUUAAAGGCAUGUGCCACCACCCUCGGCUCAUUCCACUAUUUGGAUAGUGGCUGAGCAGCUAGAAGUCUCCAGUUUCUCACUACCACUUCCACCUAUAAUGACGUGGGAUACCAUACCUUCCUAAUACUUUAAAACCUACCCACUCCCAACCAAUACUUUGUUGAGAUGUUGUGAACAGUCAAGUGUCUGUGAAUUUUUUUUUUCUAAGAAAAAUGAUUAAAGUACUUCCUAGUAGGGC